AUGAAGUUCAACCUGGCUACUAUUCUGGUUGCUACCAUGACUACCACCGUGGCUGCUGCUCCUACUAAGGAUGGAAUGGAGAUCACCGCCCGUGGCAACCACGAUGCGGUUGAUGGCUCCCAUGCCAACUUCAUCAAACUCUGGAAAGAAGACGGGAUGAACCGCUGGCGUUGGGCAUAUGCAGGUGCCUCAUGCGAUGACUUUAAGAAUUCGGUUAAGACUCGUGCUGGUAGUCUGAAUAACUUCCGAUGUCUUGAAAAGGAUGGUAAAUUACUUUUUGAUACUAAUAUGGUUGUGGGACCAGCUGGUGAUAGCUCCAUAAUUACUUCGGUCAAGGCAAUUACUAGACAACCGUGCUGUGAUCUUGGGCUUCCAGACUGGGGGAUGGAUAGGUGCCUGAAGGGAUCUUCUGAUGACGAUGCUGAGAAAAAUUGCUAG